UUUUCAUUAUUUUGCAGUAAAUUGAGUAUGAGUUGAAAUUAAUUUUCACAAAAAAAUCCAUAUAUCUUCACAUCCCUGCAACCCUGACAAGGAUGAGCUGCUAGAAGAGGGAUGCAUGAAUAACUCCUAGCAUCCGUGCAGUCAGCGGCUGCUUAUCCAAAAGGGAUUUCAGUGAUCCAGUAUCCACCCAAGGAGACUGGAUUUGGAGGUGGACAGAACUAAGGUGCAAUGCCAGUUCAUCGCAGGUCACUCAUUCACAGAAAUAUUUAAGGGAAAAUUCCACUCAAAUUAAUUGUUCAGAAACCCAGAUACUGGCUGAACAUAUGCAUUAAUAACACCAGUUGAUGACAUCAAAUGCUACUUACUACAGAGCUCUUUGAAAAAUAAUUAAUUAAUUAAUUAUUAUUAUUAUUAUUAAUAAUAAUAAUAAUAAUAGUGCAAUAUCAGUUCCAGAAGAAGCCUGAAUAGUUGGACAAAACCCAUGUAAACACACACAAAGCUGAGGGUGACUUGAAGAUUGAGUCCUGGAGUUGUGAGAAUAUGUACAAAGCCUCCUACUGUGUCACCGUCUUUCUCACGGACUCACACAACCAUACACACGCAUCAACAUAUCAGCUGCAUGUCAGUGGGUAAAAUUGGCUAAAUAAAUAUUUUACACAAUUUCCGAAGUGCUUACUUUUACUGUGAUUUUCUGGAACAUGCCAGGAGUAGAUAAAUAUGUUGACAGACCGUUGACCAUUGUUUCAAAGCAUCACUAAUUGUCCGAAAUAUUAAGAAAUCGGUUCAUAACAUAAAAUUCACGAAAAAUAUGCAUAUUGUCUAUUAAGUAUUUAUAAUCAUUUAUAUUAUUUUUAAGUACACAAAACAUAUUUCACAUUAUUAUACUGUUAAUAUUAAUUCCUCUUGCGACACCAUUUAUAAUUUUUUUCAGGCGCCUUGCAAUUUUUCACACUAGAUCACAGAUUCUAUACUAUCGGCCAAAUGGACAAAGAAUUUAUGUCUGCUGGUUUCUGCUGCUAUAACAUCUUAUCGGUACCAGCUAGCUAUACGUAGUUUGGGCUUCUUUUACGCCAUGAGAACCGUUUCCAUGGCAACGGGGCGUUCCGCCUCACCGUCGACUUUCCGUUUGCACGGAUUUCGGAUCCGACCUGCGGGGAACGCGCAUGCGCACAUCCCCCGAUCCCUAAAUGGGACAAUUCUUUAUGUGACGUCAUGUCUCAGCCGUCUCCACAGAAACUUUUGUCCCCGCAGCCAAUCAGAGGGCUCGGAGCCGAUCAGAGGGCUGAGAAUGGGAUAGGGGGCUCUGCGGAGCUCCGACAUCCCGUGUUAUCACUCCCGGCUGCAACCUUUCUAGACACCCAGCAUAAUGUACUGGUGGAAACUGCGCGCAUAGGGAUCCGGUUUUUGCGACUGCAACUGUUCUUUUAGGGGACUUUUCACGGGGUGAUGGCUUAUACAGAGUUUAGCGGGCUGUCCCUAAUGACUGGUCGUUUGAGGAGUCUCCAGAAUCCGGCACUUCGGUGAUAGUGCCACCAAAGAAAUCCAGAUUAUUAGGCGAGACAAACUAAAUAGAAACGCAACACCGCUGGAUCGGUAAAGAAGAGCCUGCCGAGCACUUUGGGUUUGCACUUCUUCCAUGCAAAGGGCAUAUUGAGAAAGCAGAGGAUAGGAGCAGUGGCUAGUCGCCAGGUAUCAUUUGGCACAGAGGAGGUGCUUCUGUUCGGAUCACAUCUAUGGACAGCGGGGAUACGGCAGAUUUGCAGAAAAGCCGACAGAUGAAGCGAUUUACUUAGAUUUUUUGUAACAAUGAUAAUGAGAGCAUGAGCUGAAAAAAACAACAGACCUGACCCGAUCCGAGGAAAAAUAUAUAGGCUAUAUUUAAUGCCACUCCAUCGAUGCAUUUUUGGUUACUUAAAUGCAGGAAAUAUUAGGACGAUGAAAGAAAACAGUAAUUGUCGAAAUGAUACAAACACGUCCAAUCAAUAACAAUAUUUUGUAUCAAUGCACAGCUAACCAUACCAUAUAAUCUAUUUAAUGAAUCAGGAAAUUAUAUUUACAUCUUUGUCUUUGGAUAUUUACCGAUUUUGUUUACAUUGACGAAUUCAGUCAGUAAAUAAUUAAGUCCGGCCGAAUAGUAAUAAUAUUUACUUACGCGAUUUUCCGCAGCUUUUGUGUGGUGCAGGUUUUAAGAAGAAUUGUUAAGAUAAAAGAUUUAUCUAACCCAUAUUUCAUCCUGCGAGAGACACGGUCCAGGACAAAAUAGUACUCAGGAGACACAACACGAAGAGCUGAUGCCUUUCCGAUGUCGAAUUAUAUCGAUUCCCGUCAGCCGGUCAGUUCUGUGUGAAAUAAAAUAAAGAAUAAGAUAAAGAGGCGGAUUUGCCAAGCCGAGUAUAAAGUGACGGUCCUGCUGGAAUAAGGAAACCUUUCACGUAAAGAAAGGAGAGUAAGGCGCUUGGGGAUCCGAUUAACUCAAGGGUGCGAUUCACAUUUAUAGAGCAUCACCUGAGGAUCUGAUGUAGGAUCACGACACCAGCUACAAAGGUUCCUUUUUUAAAAAAAAGGAGAAGAAGAAGAAGAGAAAAAACUUGCACUUUGAUCGAAAUUUAUACUGGUUACGUUUUUUCGAGAGGAUUUUUUUUGUAUAGUCGAUAAUUGCCGAACAGGUGUCCACAUAAAAAAGGUGAAGAAGCAGAAGACAAGUUGCGUUUCUUGUGGCCCGUUAAAAAGCCAUGGAGGGCGAUCGGGACAUGUACCGCCAGUUUCAGGACUGGUGUCUCAGGACAUACGGGGAUUCCGGCAAGACAAAGACAGUGACCCGUAAAAAAUACGACCGGAUUGUGCAGCUCCUCAAUGGAUCCGAAUCCAGCUCCACGGACAAUGCAAAGUUUAAAUUCUGGGUCAAGUCCAAAGGUUUUCAGCUUGGUAUCAGUGGAGAAGAAAAACAAGUGCUCUACGUCCCAGUAAAAACAGCGGAUAGCGUUGGAAUGGAUGAGAAGGUAUCCUUGCGACAGGUGGCUGUAGUGGAGGACUUCUUCGACAUCAUUUACUCCAUGCAUGUAGAGAACGGAACCAGUGGCGAGAAAACCCGAAAGCACGCCGGACAGAAGAGGACGUACAAAGCGAUUUCAGAGACCUACGCCUUCCUGCCCCGUGAAGCGGUCACCCGCUUUCUCAUGAGCUGUUCCGAGUGCCAGAAGAGGAUGCAUCUGAACGCGGAAGGAGCUGAGCACAGAGAAAACGGGAAAGCCCCUACCUUGGUGACCAGCAUCAUCGACUACAACAUGCCGAUCACCAUGGCCUACAUGAAGCACAUGAGACUGCAGCUCCUCAAUGCUCAGAAUGAUGAGGAAGACAGCUCACUGGACAGUGAUGAGUAUGACAUGAGCGACUCCACCAGGAUGUCUGCAGUGAACUCGGACUUGAGCUCCAACCUGGAGGAGAGGAUGGCCAGCCCGCAGACUCUCCAUGCACAGCAGGACGAUGAUUCAACUGCGGACAGCAUCAAUGGUAACGAUGGCGUCACAUACCACGCACUGACGACACGGCUAAACCACUCCAGCUCCACCCUCAACAGCAACGGCAAAGUGCUAGAGCAGCAGGAACAACCCUUGAAUCUCAGUGACUGCCCCCUGCUGGCAGCAUGCCACACAGACAACCAUACAACUAAUGGCAGAAGCAAAUACAAGAUCCUGGGACUUCAAGACCUGAAGACAGAGACCAAGGACAAUGUCAGCAAGUCACCCGCACACAGCUACUCCAGUUACGACUCAGGGAAGAAUGAGGCUGGAGGCCUGGAAGACGUGUCCCUCAACCGGGCUGACGAUGAUGAGGACGAUCAGGAUGACCAGGACGACUGUGAAAAGGCCAUGGAGGUCGACGGGGCAGAAGCAGAGCGACUUAAGGCCUUCAAUAUGUUUGUCAGGCUGUUUGUAGACGAGAACUUGGACCGCAAGGUCCCCAUAUCUAAGCAGCCCAAAGAAAAGAUCCAGGCUAUCAUUGAGUCAUGUAGGCGCCAGUUCCCUGAGUAUCAGGAGCAAGCGGGGAAACGCAUCCGCACUUACCUGAAGUCCUGCAGGAGGAUGGCCAGGAGUGAGGCGGAUGUGUCACGGCCCAUCGCGCCUCACCUGACCUCAGCGGCGGCCGAGAACAUCCUGGCCUCGGCCUGUGAGAACGAGAGCAAAAACGCGGCCAAGCGGAUGCGGCUCGACAGACGACAGGACGAAGCUGUCUCCCCCGAUAAAGGCGAAGCUGCUCUGCUCUCCGCCCCGGCGUCCGCGGCUCCAGCUGCACAGGAGGUGCUGUACAUCAAUGGUAAUGGAGCCUACAGUUGCCAUAGUUACGGCGGGGUAGGGGGAGGCCUGCUGGACCUCACUGAAGCUGCUAGCAGUGGACCUACGGAUCUGAGUAUGAAGAAGCAGCAGAGCUCCAGUGGCAGUGGAACCGCGCGACCCCAGCUCAACCCCACCGAGGUCAACGCCGUCCGACAGCUUAUCGCAGGUUACCGAGAGUCCGCCGCCUUCUUGCUUCGCUCAGCUGAUGAACUGGAGAGCAUCCUCCUGCAGCAGAACUGAAGAUUCUGGGAGCUUGUCUGCGAAGUACAAGUAUCUCUGACGCGCCCCCCCCGGCCCACCAUUUUUUUUGACCAUCGUCGUAUUUCUAUGCUGUCUUGUUAGUAACUGGUUCUUUGGUUCGGAUUCUUGACAUUUUUUACCAGCUAUAGUAACCCAAACUCUGUUGGCGUUGUAGUGUCUUACACACUUCUGGGGCUCUACAAACCCAGAACUUUGGCACAUCAUCAGGUGACUUAACCAAUCAAAGUUUUUUUUCUCGGAUUUUGGAUUUUUCUUUGAUUGGGGAGGGGUUGUUACAAGGAUGUGAUUUUAAAUGAUAUGCACGUGCAAUAUUUUUCAAGGGUGCUACUGAUUGUUUUCUUAAUCUAGUACGUGGAUUUGCAAAACUUUUAUAAUAGGGUGUAUUAUUGUGUUAUUGAAUAUGUUGUGAUUGUUUGGGACCAACUUUGUGAAAACCAACUGUUUACUAUCUCCUCUUGGGAGCACUAGCUUGUGUGACCGAGCCUGGAUUUUCUUUUCAGUUUUCCUGAUAUAUUAUUUGCUAAUGGCACUGCAUGAAUGGGACAUCAGAUUGAACAAAUCAUCCAGAUUUUAAAUAUGUACAUUUGCAAACUUGUAAAUACGUUGUGAGAGGUCAUGAGGGGUAUCACUUAGUGUUCCACGUUCUCCAGUAGGUCCUAAAAGGUCCAAACUGUCCACAACAGCAAAAAAAAAGACAUCAAAAGAAUUAGGGCGGUUUAUGUUUAUUGAUUAGGUUUUCAGAUAUUACAAGCCCAAGCCUCACCACCACUUUACGAGCACAACAGCACAUAGUAGCUAGACGCUAAGCAGGUAAGCCUCAGUGUCAACGAUAGUAAACAAGGAAUUGAUGCUGUGCUCUAUGUAUAACUGGCAUCAUGCUACGUUGCCGUGUCAGUACUCCAGUAAAGAGUAACAAUGAGGAGAGGCUAUCACUGGAUGUCAGAAGAUGUGCUACAGGCCCUUCUAAGUCCUUACUCCAGCUCUACACGCAUCACACACUCGGGACUGUUCUUUUACACGUAAAUAUGGAGUCUGUGUGUGUUAUUCUACAGGUCCAAUACUGAGCUUGCUCUGUGAUUUGCUGCUGUUUAUUUAUUUAUUUAUUUUUUAUGAUUUUUGUGUUUCUUGGCACCAUUUCAGUGUUUCCUGUGGGAUGUAAAUUAGUGAAUGUUGCAAGAUUGCAAUUGACAAUCUGAGACCUUUGCACUCCUCUAUAUUUUUCAAUUACAAACUGCAAUUGAAUUGAGGCUGGCUGAUGCUUUUUGAGUAAUUUAUAUUGUUUCCACAGUAUAAUAGAUUCAGACUUGUUGCAAUUGGAUGCAGUUCUCAGUUUUUGUAGAUGUUUAUGGGCUGUAACAUAUUUUUAUACGGUUUAAGUAUAUAUAUAAAUAUAUAUUAGCAUUGAUAUUUGGGUUGAGUUUUGUUCGGCUCACUAGAAAGAUGUAAUAUGUUGUGAAAGUAUUUUUUGUUCUGCUUUUGGUGAUAAAGAGUUCAUCCAUUGGGGAUUUGAUUUUUAUUGUGACGUUAUGUAAAUGAUUGUAUGUGCAUAUGAAAUUUGCCUUAUUACAUGUAAAAUUUUAUUUAAUUUUUGUAUUAAAACUAAUGUUGUUUAUGUAAAUAUAAAUAUUGCUGUUCCGUUUAAUUCAGACUAUGAUUGUGACCAGGUAAUGUGCACUUUCUAUUGUAAUAGUAUACAUAUUGCUGCAUUUUCUAGUGUCUUUCAUAUUUGUUGCUUAAAUGAGAAUCUUUGUGAUACUGUCAGUUGUAAAUGUGGAAAGUAAAAAGAUUGAUGUGGUUAAAUUUUCAA